AUGCCUGCUGGAGCAAUCCACUGUGUGCUCCUUUUAUUAUUAGCUGUUUCAAAGUUAUUAGAUGCUGACACCAUUCGACUACCGCUAUACAAGCAUCAUGCAUGGAAAAGCAAACGAUUCUCUUCCUAUCAAACAAAAAGCCUGGAUAUUAGAUCGACAUCAUCAGCAAACAACACAAACAAAAGCAAAGCAAGCCUUUACAAUGAUGCAGGAUCCGAAUACUUGGUUACCGUGGGCGUAGGCACCCCAGCCCAAAAGUUUCUUGUUGCCCUUGAUACUGGCAGCGCAGAUUUGUGGGUGCCAUCAAUAACAUGUCCAAAGGAAUCAUGUCCAUACACACGAUACAAUGACAGCUUAUCAAGUACAUUUAUGGAGACGCAAGAAGAAUUUGAUAUUGCCUAUGGUACAGGGAGUGCCAAUGGGACCUAUGCGAUAGAUACGGUCGAGAUUGGUGGUGCACGAGUGGAUCGACAACAAUUUGGACUUGUAAAAGUCACUGAGAAUGUCAUUUUAAUGCCUGACGAUGCAACGUUUGAAAUUUUGGAUGAGGAUGAGGAUGAUCCUGUGGCGGCUAAUGGGAUACUCGGUAUUGGAUAUCCUGAACUUACCUCCUCUGAGCAUGCAUACGACCCCUUUGUGUUUAGCCUUGCCAAACGAGGACUCAUCCCACAGCCAUUGUUUUCUAUUUACAUGGGAUCUAUUUAUGACGAUGGUUGGGCUGGCGAAAUCAUCUUUGGAGGCAUUGAUGAAAGCAAGUACAAUGGACAAUUAUUGUAUGCCCCUGUAGCACGAUUAGGGGGUCUCGGUUCAUCACACAGCUUUUAUGCCUAUUGGAUGGUGUAUGGUCAAGCAAUUCGUGUGCUGGAUAACAAUGCCAACGACUCCCCGCCCUUAAUGAAUGAACGAUUUUCAGAUACACGCGGCGUGAUUAUCGACACAGGCACCACGCUUACGUACAUGGCACCUGCAUUAGCCGAACAAAUUGUGCUUGCGGUAGCAGGAUCCAACAACAAUGUCAUUUUGGAUGCCACAUCGGGUAUCUUUAUUAUCAAUUGUGACCUCAAGAAAACGGACCGGCGUGUGGAAUUUGGGAUAGGAUCUCAUCUUCGAGCACAAUCAAGCCUCAUGCGAAUAAGCCUUGCUGCACGUGACUUGAUCAUUCCUCUUGAUUCGGAUUCAUUGGAUGACGCCGAGCUGUGCAUGUUUGGUAUAGCCCCAUGGGUAGGUGACAGCACGGCAUCUCUCAGUACAUCGAGCAUGAUCCUUGUGGGUGAUUCAAUUUUACGAUCACUGUAUCUCGUUUUUGAUAUGGAUCGUAAUCGUAUUGGUUUUGCUCCUGCUGUCAACUCAUCCGUUGUUGUUUCUAAAGGUUCAGUGAUCUACAAUAACAACAAUGGCACCGAUCGAUCCAAAAACGGUAAUAUAGAUGAUCCAGAUGCAUCGUCUUCUUCUUCUACUGUGUCAUCGCAUCCUUCCACUCUUUCAUGUUGUUUCUUAGUUAUGCUACUUUUGUAUCUUGUGUUAUAG